GAGAAAGGGAAAAGGGCGUGCCCUUGGUGCUGUUUCAGGGGUGAGGAAGCAGAUUUGAAUAACGGGGAGAAAUGUAUUUCUUCCACGCUGAGCGGUUGAUAAUGGCGAAGCCCAAAGGGUAACAGCCUAAGGUGACAUGUCAAUAAUGAGAAGAUCUGUCUUGCCGUUUGACUUCAUCUGUCUGGAUGAGAAGCAGCGAAGAGCGGGGAGUCAUAGAGGAAGCCAGCGCUGCACGUUCACGAGGAGCUCCUGGCUGAGAUCAUUCGCACCAGGAGAAACCAGAGGAACUCUGACAAGCAAGCAAGCUCCUUUCCCCACCCCCUUUAAAUCACCAGCGACGAUGCGCCUGCCUAGCAGCUUUGCAAAGCUUCUGGAGAGGGGUUCUCUUAAUUGCAUGUGACUUUUUUUGGACAAUUUCGGAUGGCUCGAUGAAUUUGGUGACCUACCUAAACAAAGAAAGCUGCUGUGCUUGUUGUUACUUCUGAAAUACACAAUACUUUUUAUCGAGUCAUGUCUUACCCAGAGCUAUGGGCAAGAUCGAUGACAACGAGAGGAUAAUCCUCAACGUUGGGGGAACCAGGCACGAGACGUAUCGGACCACGCUGAAGACUCUGCCAGGCACGCGACUGGCUCUUCUCGCCUCCGAGGCUGACACGGAGUCCGUGCUGGAUCAGCUGCAACAAGUCCCCGGCUUUAUCGAGUACAACCCGAAGAACAACGAAUACUUUUUCGACCGCCACCCGGGCGUUUUCGCCUAUGUCCUCAACUACUACAGGACCGGGAAACUUCACUGUCCGGCAGAUGUCUGCGGUCCUCUCUUCGAAGAAGAGUUGUCUUUCUGGGGUAUCGAUGAGACCGACGUGGAGCCAUGCUGCUGGAUGACCUACCGGCAGCACCGGGAUGCAGAAGAGGCGCUCGAUGUGUUUGACAUAAACGUGGACAAUGGAGAGGGAGAUGAGGACGAGAUAGGUAAACGACUCGGUAUAGAGGACGUGGUGUCAUCCGAUGGCAGUAUCAGCCGCUGGAAAAAGUGGCAGCCAGUGAUUUGGAAUCUAUUUGAAGACCCCUAUUCAUCCAGAGCCGCACGGUUUGUGGCCUUCGCGUCCCUGUUCUUCAUCCUGGUCUCCAUCACCACCUUCUGCCUGGAGACGCAUGAGGCCUUCAACACCAUCAUCAACAAGACGGAGCCGGCGCGCAACGACAGCCAGCCGGACCCGGGCCCGCACUACGAGAUCGAGACGGACCCGGCGCUCACCUACGUGGAGGGCGUCUGCGUCCUCUGGUUCACCAUCGAGUUCCUGGUGCGGGUCACCUUCAGCCCGGACAAGCUGGAGUUCGUCAAGAGCGUGCUGAACAUCAUCGACUUCGUGGCCAUCCUGCCCUUCUACCUGGAGGUGGGGCUGAGCGGGCUCUCCUCCAAGGCCGCCAAGGACGUGCUGGGCUUCCUGCGUGUGGUGCGCUUCGUGCGGAUCCUGCGCAUCUUCAAGCUCACCCGCCACUUCGUGGGGCUCCGCGUGCUGGGCCACACGCUCCGCGCCAGCACCAACGAGUUCUUCCUCCUCAUCAUCUUCCUCGCGUUGGGCGUGCUCAUCUUCGCCACCAUGAUCUACUACGCCGAGCGCAUCGGGGCCAGCCCCACCGACCCCACCGCCAGCCACCACACGCAGUUCAAGAACAUCCCCAUCGGCUUCUGGUGGGCCGUGGUCACCAUGACCACGCUGGGCUACGGCGACAUGUACCCGCAGACCUGGUCGGGCAUGCUGGUGGGCGCGCUGUGCGCCCUGGCGGGGGUGCUGACCAUCGCCAUGCCCGUGCCCGUCAUCGUCAACAACUUCGGGAUGUACUACUCGCUGGCCAUGGCCAAGCAGAAGCUGCCCAAGAAGAGGAAGAAGCACAUCCCCCAGGGGCCGCAGGCAGGGUCGCCCACCUACUGCAAGCCCGAGCUCAACGCCGCCUGCAACAGCGCCCAGGGCGACGCCUGCCUCAGCCCCGCCAGCCGAACGCUGGAGCGACACAGAUCCGUGCUGUCUGCUGACUGCAGCGGAGGAAGUGACCUCACCAUGUCCCCCGAGGAGCGGCUGCCCAUGCGGCGGUCCAGCACCCGCGACCGGAACCAGAGGGGCGGGGGCACCUGCUUCCUGCUGGCGGCCAGCGAUUACAGCUGCCCCGCCGAUGGGGGAAUCCGCAAAUCAGGCUAUGAGAAAUCCCGGAGCUUAAACAACAUAGCGGGCGUGGCCGGCAGUGCUCUGAGACUGUCCCCGGUAACCACGCCCUUCGGCUCCCCCUGCCCGCUGCGGCGGUCCCGCUCUCCAAUCCCGUCCAUCCUGUGAGGACGGGACUCCGCCCCCCCUCCCCCCUCUCUCUCCGCGUCCUGCCCCGGGACGCUGGCCCUGCUUUUAUGGGCACUGAUAGCCUAACACGACCCGUGUAUGGAGUAAACUGUGCAUUUUAGGGAGCGAUUACUUUGUGGAUUCGGAUUUUGAUUCGGAUUAAACUCACCCCCCACCCCAUCUUUAGCUGUUGAUAUGAGCAUCAUGUUUAGGGUUAGUUCUUCCCCUUAAAGUCCUUCUUACAGAACUUAAAGGCAAUAAGAAAAAAAAAAGACUCUCUAGCUGCUCUAGAUUGCGUAGAAAAGCAUUGCAUUUAAUCAGGGAGAUCGUGUGCAGGUAGUGAACAAAAUAAACGGACACUGUAGUGUCGACAUCAUUUGGCUCAGUGCAGUGUGUACGCAGUGAGAAUGCCGGCCUCUGGAAUUCUGCGGGCGGAACGCUCCACCGUUCUUCCGUGAGAAAGCCGAUCGGCUCACGCGCAGUCGCUCGGGAAACGCUGUCUCGGGCUCCGUUCCAUAAUAUCCCGUAUAAAAGAUUUGGGUUUGGAUCUGGUGAUGACUGAAGGCUUGCUGUCUGUGGACUGGGGCGCUGCCGUCUUGGAGGAAGCUCCUCUCUGCAGGGCAGAAAUGCUUUACCGUGGGAUGAAAAAUGAAUGCUCACUUAGUACCAGUUAGCAACGAUUGACAUUGGCCUUGCCUUCUAGGGGUAGGAGCGCACCCAAACCUUGGCAGGAUCAUGCACCCCUCUCCAUCAGGGGAACACCAGAGCCCUUCGUAGAUGGAACACUGCUGCGUUUCCCAGUUUUUGUUCAAUACCUGUACAUAGCUUUAUAUAUAUUACAGAAAGAUGUGCUUCCAAAAAAAGAUCAAUUAUCAAUCACCAUUACCAUCGGACCUCAUGUCUGGGACUUCUCACUAUCUAUUUCUAUUUUUAUUACAUUUUUUCAACCCGGAGAUGUCCCUGGAGCCUUGUCUCGAUUCACGCACACGCCCCCCCCCACCCCCCCUUCCUCCACCCCCCUCCACUCCACCCUUCCUCACUCCGCUCUCCAACUUCUGGGACUCUCGGAAAAUCGUUGUUUGCAUGGACCAUCCUGUCUCAUCGUUUUUAAAGCACUGUCUCACGAAUGACGCAGAACGAACGCGAAACGCUGUGAUUCCGGGGACCCUGAAUGUGCACUGGGCCUGUGUGUGUUUGCCUGUGUGUGCAUUGUGCCAUUUUGUUGACGGGGGAAUUGGGUGGGUGGGGAGAAUGGGGCGUGGGGGGGGGGGGUUGCGGAAUGUUCCGGAUGGCUGGGCUUGCAUGCGGGGUGUUGCUGCUGUCCUGGGCGUGGUCCCCCCCCCCCCCCCCCCCCAGACCACACUGAGGUGUCUCCGCUUGUUUGCGCACAGAGAACUGCAAAGACGUUGUCUUUACGGGUUACACACAAGCAGAGAGCAGCGCUCUGUCUUAAAGCCUGUGUGGGGGGAAGGCCACAGAAGCACACGGAAAAGGUAACGCUGUCCUUCUGACUCCCCGUCCCGACACAAACCCGCCUUCUUUCUGCUGUGCUCUUGCCGUUCCCAAAUUAUUAUUAUUUUAUUUUUUCCAUUUUGUUUUUGUGCAGAGGGGUAAUUCAACAACGCUCAUCUCUGCAAUUCUUUUCAAAUCCAGUGCUGCUAAUUGUACAUUAAGAUAUAUAUAUAUAUUUUUGUCUGCAUUUACAUAAAGUUUGUUAAUCGAACAUACACUUACAGUGGUAACUUUAUUAGGCGAUCAAUGUAGCAUCUGAUCAAACACAGGCGAACACAGACCCAGUUGUAUGCACACACACACACACACACACACACACACACACGCGCACACCUGCAUUCCUCUUCAGUACGACGUGCCAAAUUGGUUCAGUGUACUUGUUAAAUCCUGGAGUCCUUUGGGACCUGCUUUCCCUGGACCCGGCUACGUUGCGGGCAUGCCUCAUUUUCAGCUCCAAUCAAGGAGGGAAUUGGCUUUGUUCCAGCAGCGAUAUAUCUCCCAUGAUCCUCUGACAGGUGUGUCAUACAAGAACGGACCUCACCCUACAUGUUACCUAUAGUAACAGCAGCACGGUUGCUAAGCAACUGGCACGUUCAGAUGUUGAACGGCUGGCUCUGAACUGCACAAGCUCGGAUGCAAACACACACACACACACACACACACACACACACUCACACAUGCACAUAUGGACACUAUUGAUUGCUAAUAAAAGCUAUUAUCGAUAGACCCUGUGUGAAAACAGUUACAUUUUAGAUGAUAUAAUUAAGUUGUUGAAUUACCCACUGCAUAGUGUUUUAAUAACUCACAUUUAAAAAAUCUGAGAAGUAUAACUGCAUAGAUGUACAUAUAUAUAAAUGUAAACUUAAAAUGUUAAAUUAUAUAAUAUCUGUACAUAGAUUUAUCCUCACAGCAUGACUCUGCAUGCCAGUUCUUGUAAAGUAUGAUGAUAUAUUCCUGCAGAAGCAUUUCUGAUAUUUAGAGAUGUAUACUAUUGAUAUAUAUUUUGAUGUCAUAUUUAUUUUGAGAAAAACAAAAGUCAUGGAUAAUCAAAUUAAUGGCAUAUCUGAUGCUGCUGUUAUCGACCACAGAGCUGUACCACGUUAUUUGUGAAUUAGAACCCGCAGCCCUGCUGGAUGUUGGAUUUUGGGGUUAAAACGCGGCUGUCAGUGGAAGAACUCUUACCGGGAGGGCAAGGCCCGGAUGGAGAGACCGGGAGGACUGGGAUGGGAUGCCGAAGGGACGGUUGGCCAAAAAUGGAAGCAGGGGAGUCCGGUCCCAACCUUUUAAAAGACAGCUGUUGCUACUGACUACAGCAGAAAAAAAAAGAAAAAAAAACUUGGCAGUUGCCUUGGAUACAGCCCCAAACCUUAGGACGGAUGCACAUUUGCUGACCACACGUCAGUUAACAAACUUUUUUUUUUCUCUGGCCCUGAUGGUGGAGGAUUACCAGCACUGCGUAGGAUACCUGACAACACUAAUGCGCUGCUAUGGGUUUGCUGCAAUAAGCGCAGUUAUGACGUGUAAAACUGAGAGGGAUUGUUCCCAUAAUUUGAGAUACAUAUAUACAUAUAUAGAGAGAUAGAAAAUAAUUCUAUACUUAUACUGAGGUAUGAAAAGUGCGUUAUUAUAAAAAGACAUUAAUAAGUGUGACAUGGUCAUCAGACUUUUAUUUAUGACAGUAUUUUUGUGGAUCCUAUACUAUAAGGAGUUUUCAUCUGUUUAUUUUUUUAUGUUUUAUGUUUUUUCAUUAAAAUGUGGAUGUAGAGCAGUGGUUCCCAGCCGUGUUCCUGGGGAUCUGCCAUCUUGUGGGUUUUCACUUCCACACUAACAAAGCACACCUCGCUCGUCAGCUAGACAUCUCGGUAUGCUGCUAAUUAGUAGAAUCAGGCGUGCCAAAUUAGGCUUGAAAUGAAAACCAACAGGAUGGUAGAUCUCCCGGAACAGGGUUGGAAACCACUGAUCUAUGGAGAGAAAAAAAACAAAACAAAAAUCUGAUCAUUGUGUCUCUGUACUUUCACUCAUUUUUUGAAGUGCUUGGUCUAUGCUGAAAGACUGUCGAGUGAAUGCUAACCUGUGCACUGUAAUGGGGGUCUUUUGGUGUUGUGUCUGUUUCAGGUGUGUCUGGAUUUACUCUCUGUGAUCUUGUCCCUGUGCAGUACCGACUCUCGCUUCCUCUGCAAGUGUAUUUGCAAACUGACGCCUCAAGAAUUCAAAUUUCGCUGCGACUUGAUUCGCUCUUUACUUUGAGCAGUGAAUUGAAGCGUUGUUCUACCCUUUCAAAAUUGAGUUGGGCAAUCACUGGAACUAACAAAAGUUGCAUUACGAACUGAAAUGAAACAACAUAGCAUUUGCUUAACACUAUAUUUGUAACUCAGCGUUUCGUGAAAUCUGGGCCGAAUGCCAUUUAAUGGAGUUAAACAUAGCCUGUGUGUGAAAUUCAGUCUCAGUGCAAAGUGUCUACGCCUUACUGUGGAAUAAAAUAUGUAUUUUUUAAUGUUUUAGGCUACAUCGUACCUUUGGGAGUUACUCAUAAUGACACAUAUCAUAGUAAUGAAAAAAUAAACAAGUUGCGUUUGGAAUGGCGACAGACACACUUGCUUAAGUUCAUCGCUUGAGGUUAAGGACAUAUUGCUUCGCGGUAAGAUUGAAUCCUGUCCAAUUUCUCUACAGUAUGUGUGGCAUAAUUCUGUCUCAGGGUGAUGUCAUUGGUCACAUGAUGAGCACUUAUGACCUUUCACAUGACUGCAUACAAAAAAUAGCCUCUUUGGAGUUGGGAUGGGGUGCGGUGGGGUGGGGGUCAGGUUUUAUUUGCUGCUGGUUUGGGACUUUUGCACAAAACCACCGAAUUUCAGUUCCACUGAGUACGAAGGGAAACUCCCAGAGGCUGAGAUUUUGCAAGGUUUAGAAAACACUUGGGCUGCACGUUUGGUUCUUGUCCUCCAUUUCUAUCCGUCUUCAGUGAAAAUACACAAGAAUCAAAAUCAAUUUGCAAUAAUGAUGCAACACACAUACCAGUUUGCACUGUGAUUUUAGUUCUGCGUGAGUGACAUCGUUUAAAAAAAAUAGCUCACUUUCUCCCUGGAAAAAAAAAAAAAAAGAGGCUGUAGGUUUCU